AUGCUAAAAGAAUUUAACGCCGCUCAACACAGCCUCAAUGGCACAGCGUCGAUUAAUGGAACGCAUCCGUCACCAGCCAGCGCUGCGCUUGAUGUGGCACCGAAUAUUCCUGUCUUUGCAUUGCUUGCUCUUAUGUUUUAUACUGGUUGGCUUCGAGUUGCCGAGUCCAGCGUAUUUCCGUUCGCCGAAGAUGAUGACAACUUCGAGGUGAUCCCCUUGCUUGAGCGGAACAUCGGCACAAGUAUGUGGUUUGUUGACAGCGCGGUAACUUACCAAAGAAAUAUCCCAGAGAUUGUCAAGACUGGUUGCAAACCACCAGGUUCAACUGAAUCAGGUGAUCUACCUGAUGGAUUUUCUCAACAAGCUGCGAUGGGCUUGAAAAGAUCUAUGCCACCGCCAAUACAGAAAGUUGUGCCCGAUGCCCACCGAGCAAGCACUUCAUUAAACAUACUUGCGGAUCAAGACCUACCAUGCCCCACCGAGUUACGCCGCCGUGAAUCGAAGUAUUUUUUCGCUGGUUCCAUGGCCAGAAUUUGCGAAGAGCAGAAGGAUAACAGACGCUACCGACGCUUUUCUCGUCCUACAUUAAAUGCAGAUCCGAACGUAAUUUCCGUAGGUUCUGACGACGAGUUAGCAUUUCCUAGUCCACGAAGGCCAUCAACUUCCAUUGGGACAUUCUUCACACGUGUUGGAGCUCGCGUCUCACAGGCAUUCCAUUCUCAGCCUUCUAGUUAUUCCGUCACAAGCUCCGUCACUGUUGAGGAUCCAGUUGUAACAUUUCAGAAAGCGACUGGUACUGGUUCGUCGCAAUCACAAACAAUUAGUUCGUUGGGAACAAAAGCCAAAUAUGUCUAA